AUGGCGACCCUCUCUUCCAAUCGAUUCUUUGAUCUUAUCAAACCUAGAAUCACCACCAAAGCCCUACCACACAUAGGAGGAUCUGACCAUCGAAUGAAACCACAUCUUCUACAGUUCCAAAAUUGUCUUCCAGGGUUACGAUCCGUCCAUGAAGUGAUCUUCAUUGCUUCAUUCCCACAUCUGCAAGUCACCAUCUUUGAAUCAGAAGCGAUUGGAUGUCGUGAAGGGUGCAACGGUCGAGCAACAGUGGAAAGGAGCAGAGAUGAUCGAUUGAUGAAGCUAAAGGAUUUGCCCAAAAAUCGGACAUGCAAUUUCUUUUAA